AGCUCCCCUUAAACCGGCUCUGGUGGGAUGAACGAAAAAGGAUUCAUUUUUAUUUAUUAAAACAAAUGUAAUAUAUUUUCAAAUGGCUAAACACAUACUGUAUUGUACAUAACGGCAAACGUGUUUUGAAUUGUUUUUACUAAAAAAAAUGUUCAAAAUUGGCUCGAUAACAUCACGUGACGCUGCGCUGCGCUGCUAUUGGUCACACGGCGGCGGCGAAGAUGGCGGAGUCGGAGAUGUGUGCGAGGAGCAGUCAGGAGUUAUGGACCAUCUUACUUGGGAGAUCCGCCUUGCGGGAGCCGGCCCAGAUAGAAGCAGAAUUAGAUCGAAAUGGAGAGCGGCUGCUGCAGGGCCUUUCCUACUACAAACCACCUAGUUCUUCAUCAGCAGACAAGCUGAAGGCAAAUAAAAACGUUGCUCAGCCUCUAAAAGACUUUGGACUCAGAAUCAGCAAAUUGCUGGGUCUGGAUGAACAGCAGAGCGUGCAGAUUCUGCAGUGUUACCUGCAGGACGACUACAGAGGCACUCGCAACACACUAAAGACGGUGCUGCAGGACGAGAGACAGAGCCAGGCCUUACUGCUCAAGAUAGCCGAUUAUUACUAUGAGGAGAGGGUGUGUCUCCUGCGCUGUGUUCUCCUCCUUCUCACCUACUUCCAGGAUGAGAGGCAUCCCUAUAGGGCGGAGUACGCUACCUGUGUGAGUAAACUGGAGAAGGACCUAGUGAAUAACUACCAGCAACAGUUUGAAGCUCUAUUCAACGCGGAGGCUCCAACAUGGGAAACUCACGGGAACCUGAUGACGGAGAGGCAGGUGUCUCGGUGGUUUACUCAGUGUCUGAGGGAGCAGGCUUUGCUCCUGGAGGUUUUGUUCCUGUACUACGCCUACUUCGAGAUGCCUCCUAGUGACCUUUCAACCUUUACUCGGCUGUUUAAGGAGCAGGGCUUCGGGCAGCGGCAAACCAACAGGCACCUCGUAGACAAGAGCAUGGACGCAUUGGUGGACCGAAUCGGGUAUUUCAGCUGCCUGAUUCUAGUCGAGGGGAUGGAUAUUGACUUUUUGCAUAAAUGUGCUCUGGAGGAUCGAACAGAACAACACCAACUCAGCAACACUCCCGACAUCAACAAGGAGAUGGAUCAGAUGUUGCUGACGUUUGGUGAUAUCUCCCACCACGGCCCGGUUCUGCUGGCCUGGGUCCUUCUCAGACAUACGCUCCAGCCUGUGGAAGCUGGUCCGGUUGUCAGAAGGCUCGGCCAAACGACGCUCCAGCUGGGAGUGUUCCAGUACCUCACAGACAUGCUGCAAGCCCUUGGCAACACAGACAACAACUGCACUGCCAGUACUGCGCGAAUGUGUAUCUAUGGUCUCCUCUCAUUCGUGGUCACCUCCUUUGAAGAGGACACUUUGGGCAGCCAGCAGCAUCUGAUCAACGCUGCCUGUGAGGUCCUCGCAGCCCCAAGUCUAGCCGAGCUCUUCUGGGAGUCAAAGCCUAAUGUGGGUCUGGAGAUGAUCCUGGACUCUGCGGUGGGGGUCUUUCCUCACAAAACUGGGCCGUUGUUGCAGUUACUUACAGCCCUACUGUCUGACAAAUCUACUGCUAAAAGGGUGUACACGUUUCUGGAUAAAAUGUCUUUCUACACAGAGGUGUACAAAAACAAACCCAACGACGUGCUGUCCAGAGAGGAUGAGACGCUGUGGAGGAGACUGGCACCCAAACUCCUCUAUCCUCUGGGUGCGGGUCAGACUAACCUGCGGAUGCCUCAAGGGUGUUACGGGCAGGUGUGUGUGGGGGAGCAGGGAUAUGUGGUGCGGUGGGAUUACUCCUACAGCUCCUGGACCCUCUUCACCUGUGAGAUAGAGAUGCUGCUGCAUGUGGUCUCCACUGCAGAUGUGUUGGCCCAUUGUGAGAGAGUGAAGCCCAUACUGGACCUUGUCCAUAAAAUCAUCAGUACUGACUGGACGGUUUCUGACUGCUUGCUGCCUCUAACUUCACGAAUCUACAUGCUGCUUCAGAGGUUGACGUCUGUCAUAAACCCCCCAGUGGAUGUGAUCGCUUCCUGUGUCAACUGCCUCAUUGUUCUCGCUACACGGCAACCUGCAAAGGUUUGGUCCAGCCUGCAGCACACGGGGUUCCUGCCCUUUGCAUCCGUCCCCCUAACGACCAUGGCACAGACCAUAAGCGCCGAGGGAAUGAAAGCUGGUAACUAUGGCAACCUGCUGGUGCUGUUUGAGCAGCCCCGAGGAGAAUAUGCCGUGACAGUUGCCUUCUUGAGACUGGUCACCACACUCGUCAAGGGUCAGGUGGGCAGCACUCAGAGCAAAGGGCUGAUUCCCUGUGUGCUCCUGGUGCUGAAGGAGAUGCUGCCCUCGUACCACAAGUGGCGCUAUAACACACACGGAGUCCGAGAGAAGAUUGGUUGUCUGAUUUUGGAGUUGGUCCAUGCUAUUCUCAACCUGAGUCCUGAGGGGGAGUCAGAGGGCAGCACUCCCAGUCUGCAGUCUCUCUGUAUCUACAGCCUGGCCAACACUGAGGCAGGUCAGGCUGUGGUCAACAUCAUGGGCGUCGGAGUGGACACCAUCAGCGUGGUACUGGCAGCUCAGCCCAGCAGUAGUGGUAGCUGUGAAGGUCCUGGGCAGGUGUUAAUUCAGACGGUGAAAUUGGCCUUUUCAGUCACCAAUAACGUCAUCAGACUGAAACCGCAGUCGGACACGGUUUCUCCUCUGGAGCAGGCUCUCACACAGCACGGUGGGCACGGCAACAACCUGAUAGCGGUUUUGGCUAAAUAUAUUUACCACAAGCACGAUCCAGCACUGCCGAGACUCGCCGUCCAGCUGCUGAAGAGACUCGCCUCGGUGGCUCCCAUGUCUGUGUAUGCGUGUCUGGGCAGCGACGCUGCAGCAAUCAGGGACGCGUUCCUCACUCGACUGCAGAGCAAGACAGUCGACCUGCGUAUUAAAGUCACCAUCCUCGAGUUCCUCACUGUUGCAGUGGAAACACAGCCUGGACUCAUCGAGCUCUUCCUCAACCUCGAGACCAAAGAUGGCAGUGAAGGGGCAAAGGAGUUUUCUCUGGGUGAGUGGAGCUGUCUGGCCGUGGUCCUGGAGCUGUUGGACUGUGAGCUGCAGGGGCAAUACUGGUGUCCCCCUCUGUUGCAGAGAGCUGCACUGGCAUUCCUGCACGCCCUGUGGCAGGACCGCAGAGACAGCGCACUGUCUGUGCUCCGCACCAAGGAGAAGUUCUGGGACAAUCUGACCACGCCUCUCUUUGGGACCCUGCCCCCACCGUCAGAGACCACCGAGCCGUGUGUUUUGGAGUCUUGUGCCUUUGUGAUGAAGAUUAUAGGCCUUGAGAUCUACUAUGUUGUCAGUGGUCAGCUGGAGGGCUCUCUAAAGGCAGCGCUGCAGCGGCUGAGCUCCCAGCGCCGGUAUGAAUUCUGGUCUCAGUAUGUGAGGGAGCUGGUUUGUGCUGCCUGUGAGGGAGAGGACGGGGGGAUGAGGUCACUGUCGGAGUCUCAGAUGCUCAUCUCGGCCUGGCGGACCCUGCUUAUACUCUCCACCAGCCACUCUGAUGUUAUGCAGCUGAAGGAAGACGCUGUUAGACUGAAGCUGUUCAUGGAUGUUCUAGAGGGAACCAAAGCAGCAUUGCUGAUGCCUCAGUCUGUAGCGUGUCUGCGUCUGGGCUCCAUGAUGGCCACCCUGCUGCUCAUCCUGCUCAAGCAAUGGAAGAGUGUGCUGGUUUCAGCUCCUGCUCUGUUGCCUCCUCUCUCUCUGAUGCUGGAGAAUGUUCUCCAAGCAGAUCAGCAGCUGAUGGAGAGAACCAAAGCAAAGCUCUUCUCAGCUCUAAUAUCUGCCCUACACAUUCAGGGCCUUAACGGAGGAGAGAUUACCCAGCUGCCCCAGCUGCUACUGUGCGUGUGUGAGACGGUCCAGGACGAGGCUCUGGCUUUGAUUGACAGCACACGGCACAUUACCCAGAAAAGCGACACCCAGGAAGACAGCAUGGAGACAGACACGCCGCGCAGUGUGCAGAAAGACCAGAGAGACUCGGUGUGCGUGUUGGCUCUGCACCUGUCUAAAGAGCUGUGUCGGGCGGAUGAGGAUGGUGAGCAGUGGCUUCAGGUGAUGAGGAAGCUGCCGGUUCUGCCCUCAGUUCUAAGCGCUCUAGAACUCAGCCUGCGCUCCAAACAGAACCUUUACUUCACUGAGGCUGCGCUGCAUCUGCUGCUCACACUAGCCAGAACACCACAGGGAGCAGCAGCAGUGGCAGGUGCUGGAGUGAUUCAGAGUAUCUGCCUCCCUCUGCUCAGUGUGUAUGAAGGUCCAGCAAACGGAGCCACACAGGCGUUCUCCCGUAAGCCCCUGGAUGCGCCUUGCUGGCCAGGUGUAUAUCGUCUCUGUCUAUCUCUGAUGGAAAGUCUGCUCAAGACGCUGCGCUACAACUUCAUCAACGAGGCUCUGGACUUCGUAGGUGUUCACCAGGAGCGUAUUUUACAGUGUCUGAGUGCAGUGCGGACUGUGCAGUCUUUAGCGUGUCUGGAUGAAGCGGACCACACGGUGGGCUUCCUGCUGCAGCUCUCCAGCUUCUGCAAAGAGUGGCAGUUCCACCUCCCACAACUGCUCAGAGACGUGCAGGUGAAUCUGUGUUACCUGUGUCAGACAUGUACAUACCUGCUCCACAGCAAGAAAAUGCUACACCACUACCUCCAGGCGAAGAAUGGGGAUGCUCUACCUCAGGGGUCCCGUCCACAGCGAGUUCUACAGCCCACCUCUAAGGAGCAGCCACUGAGUGGAGAGCGAGAGGAGGCGGAGUCUAAAGCUUUGCAGGCGGUGCAGUGCAGCCUUCUGAAGAUUUUGAGCAAAACACUGGCAACCUUACAGCACUUUACACCAGACUGCUGCCAGAUACUGCUGGACCAGUCCAUGGACCUUGCGGAGUACCGAACCCUGUUUGUGCUGAGUUUCACCACUCCUGCCUUUGACUCAGAUGUCGCUCCGUCGUUUGGAACCCUGCUGGCCACCAUCAACGUGGCGCUGAGCAUGCUCGGAGAGAUUGAGAAGAAAAAGGAGCCAGCAGUCUCAUCAGAGGAAACGCAAGCACUUAAGUCCCUGCUGAUGUUUUCGAUGGAGAACUGUUUCUAUGUGCUGAUCUCGCAGGCCAUGCGCUGUCUAAAGGACCCGGCCGUUCUGCCCCGAGACAAGCAGAGAGUCAAACAAGAGCUCAGCUCUGAACUGAGCACGUUGUUGACGACGCUGUUCCGUUUUUUCCGCCGUGGAUCCCCUUCUUCCCCGGCCAGCGGCCUGCUGCCCUCUCCCCAGACCAAACCCACCACCCCAGGGGCAAAGGUCACGCAGGAGGGCCAGGAACCCUUCAUCCAGCUGGUGCAGGCCUUUGUACGGCACGUCCAGCGCUAGGAGAGGACACACAUGGAAACAUUCUUUGCAGACUUGUGCACUGAGUAAUGCUCAUAUUUGAAACAACUACUGCAUCAGAGAAACUUCAAUUUCGGGGCUCCAAAGUCAACAUGAAGAAUCUCUUUCUGAAUCAGUUUGGUUCAGAUGAAGGAGCCACAUGUUCACUGUGACAUUACCCACGUGUUCUUGUUUUGUCUGAAAACGUACAUCGAGUCAAUGAGGGACCGUUUUUUGGGGGUUUUUCAGUUCUGCUUUUCUUGUGGUGCCAAAGUGUUUCUUUACCUUGUUCACAUCUAUCCCUGAACUGUCACAGGGCAAGUGUAUUUUAAUAAAAACAGUGCUUCUUUGCAUGCAGGUAUAUAGUGAAGAACAUGACUACAUAGUGUUUACUGUUUCUACGUACAUAAACAUAUCAGCUGCACAAUGGUGUCAGACAGGAAGGGGGAAUAUAAAUAAAUAUGAGGGCCUUUAUUGUUACAGUCUUGCAUUUCAGUUAAAUUUCUCACCCUGUUGUACUGUUGGUUAUAAACUGUUUGUGUGAAGAGUUUGUUGUGCUUUUUGAAAAUACACACCUCACCUGUAGGUGAUGAGACAUUAUAAAUUUUAAAGUUACAAUCAGGGCUUGACAGUGAAAUUGAAAAAAAACGGGGUUAACUGAUUGAGCUCUGAAUGUAAGUGCUAAUGAUCAAUAACUUAUGGAAGCGCAUUUUAAUUUUUACAUAAUGUGUAAAUAAUGGAAGUGAGGCUUCUAAGGCUUUGGCCCCCCUGGGGUGUGAGGGGGGGGCGGAAAUAACCUAAAAAUGCACUUGAAACAUGACGUACUGUCAGUUUGAUGUAACAAAAAUGUCCAGAGUCCGUUUGUAGCUUUAAAGUGUUGAAGGGAACAUCGUGUCGAAAAGACGAGGCACAUUUUCCCGUCUAAUUGAGGGCUACAUUUAAAAAUCAGUCACUUGUAUAAAAGUAGGAACCAGAGCGGGUAUCGUACCACCGUGUUUGUGUGGAAAUAAGGUGCUACAGUCAGUUUCCCAGCUGAGUGUCCACAGGCCUAGUUUUAUAGGCUGGUUUCUGUGAGGUGCCCAGUCAUAUCUGCAGUGAAUUGGUGCUGAUUUAAGCUUUUGUUCCUACCGAAGUUUAACUGACCUGACUCAACAUUAUUGUUACUAAGAUUUCAAGUAGUUGAACUUUGUUCUGUUUCUGACUGGUCAGCUGGGCUUCUGAGUUAGAGUGAGGGCUCACUGAUGAAACCAGUCAAAAGCCUGUGUGUGUUGAACGAAAGGAACAUCUUUAUGUUUGUAAGGAAAACGUGGCACGCAAAGAAAUUAAUGCUAAUGGGGACCAUAUAGCAUAAAGUCAUUUGUCUAAUGCUACCUGGUCUUCAAGCAUUCAUUUAUUAUUUUAAAUAUUAGCAUUUUUGGCUGAAGUACUCUUGUUAUUUAAAUAGUCUUUUCUGGGAACUCAUCAUCUAGUGAUAUCCAUCUUUUUAUUGCUUAAUGGCUUGUACAUUUUACUGUAUGUGCACCAACAAAGUGUACUUUUGUUUCCAUAAUUUCUAGCUACUUUAUUUGUUUUAUAUUACAAAGUGGCCGUUUCACUGGAUGCCAAUAUUUCUACCAGCUGAAACAAUGUAUUUUUGUCACUAUAGUUUGUUUAUAUAAUAAUAAAGGAUUUACAGAUUA